AUGAACAGAAGCACACGAACCAGCAUCUUCCGCAUACCAGCAUCUACCCCUACAUCUAUGCCCAGAUGUACAACAACCCGUCCAUGUACCCGUACACCGCUAUCACCAUCACACAGCAGCGCCCGAUACUCAACGAGGACAGCUAGACUAUCAAAACCACUACCAACGACAUUCUCAAAACGAAACACAUCCACUUCCACCUCCCCCAUCAACUCUUCUUCAAGUCCCAACUCGCAAAUCAUCCAUCCUCUAGUCCCUCCGCCCAAAGCAGGCAGCGGCCCUCUCCUGUCCCGCCGACCCGACCGCGCCCUCCCCGACCUCCCUCGCCGAGGCGCCUGGACGACAACCCUCCCGCUGUUCGCGCUGCUGAUCGGCGUCGCUAGCCUGGCCAUCUUCAACUACCAGAAAUCCAGCAGUUCGACCGUCAACGCGAUCCUGUAUGCGCUGCGCACCAACGAACAGGCGCGCGAACUGCUCGGCGACGAGAUUUAUUUCGCAAGUCGCAUCCCUUGGAUCCGCGGCGAGUUGGCGCCGAUGCAGGGCACGAUCGAUAUCUCGUUCUGGGUGAAGGGGAAGAAGGACCAGGCCCUGGUCAAGUUCGUGUCGAUUCGGAAGAGAAGUGAUGCCUUCUUUGAGACGUUGGAGUGGAGUCUGAAAACUAGGGACGGGAAGGUGUUGCAUUUAUUGGAUUCGUCGAAUGAUCCCAUGGCGGGAGCGAAGAUAUGA